CGCGAUACUGCUUUCUUCUCUUCACCACGACCAUGUCGUCCAAUUCGACGACGGCCGAUUCCUCGGCCUCCAAUUCCGUCGUCGCUGCGAGCAGUUCCUCUGAAUCAUCUGCCGCCACUUCUGACCCCCCGGCCUCCACCUCUACCACGACCACUGACCCUCCAGCAUCUUCGUCAACCACCACUGGUCCCGACUCCUCUUCCACUACGACUACCACCGAUCCUGGAAACUCUACCUCCCCUCCAGUCAGUAGCUCGUCUUCAACGGCAAGCAGCGGUGUCACAAGCCCAUCGGUUUCCGGCUCAAGCUCCGCCGCAAGCUCCUCUGCGACUCCGACGCAAACUUCUUCCUCGUCUGUCGUCCCGUCCACAUCCACCCAAACGAGCACCGUAGUUGCCACCGAUGCCAACGGCUCGGUUUUCACCUCUGUGGUCACCUCGACCAUCGUGAGCACGCCCACCGUUGGUGCUUCUUCCGACCGCGCUACAACCUCCUCGUCGCAUACCGGUGCCAUCGUAGGCGGCGUCGUGGGCGGCCUGGCAGGCGCUGCCAUCCUUGCCACCCUCAUCUUCUUCAUCUGUCGCCGUCGCCGAAGAGACGACUUUGACGGAAACUUCGACCCCGACCGCGUCACAGGUGACAAUCGUGGCACCCUCCCCGACAUCGACCUCGCCGCGGCAGAAGCGGUGACGCCGUACAGCUAUAACCCUGGUGGGAUGCCCACCCCGCAACCCACAGGGGCUCCCGCGGCUGGUCAAGCCGAUAUGCGUCAGUACGGUGGACAUGUCCCGUCCUUCCUUGCUGGCGGCGUCGCAGGAGCGGGCGCGGGUGCGGCAAUGGGCUACGCGGCCAACGAAGGACGCACGGCCUCCCCGCCGUCGGCAUACACCCAGCCGUCUCAGUCGCAUUAUGCGCCUUCGUCCUCCGAUCAUGGCGGCUAUCCCGAUUACGCGGCGUACGCAGCGUAUGCGAACCCCUACCCGGCGCAGAGUGGGCCGCCCACGUCGUCCAACCCCAGCAGCCCCACGAACACGUCGUUCGGGCCCCAGACAGGCGUGGCCGGGCGCGACUUCCGGCAUCCGUCGCCCGGGCCGUCGCUCGCAGCCACGACGCUCACGGACCCGUCGACCUCGGGGAACUCCUCAAACCCCCCGGGGCCGGGCGUCAUCCCGAGCGCGAAGGAGCGCGAGGCAAUGCAGUACCGGAGACAGGUCGCAAAUCCCGAUGGCGCAGGCGCGGGCCCCUCCGGCGGCGUCUUGCAACACCAGGAUGGCGGCCGGCUGAACGCGACGCCCGAGGAUGAGGAGCCGUCGGAGAUCCCGCCGCGGUACGACUCUAUCGCCCACGACUGAGGCGUCGAAGUCGAGGUCGGGACUCGAGCUUAGAGCUCGGGGGAGGCGCGGGGUGGGUCUCGUUUGGGGAACGGAGACGGCUGGUCUGUCCGUGCCCGUGGGCUGAAAACAAGCUCGUACGAUCUUUUGUCGGCGAGUCCCCCAUCUCACUGCCUCGACCUCCGAUAGGGGCGGGGUCGGAGCGCACAACUAGACGUGUUCCCUCAUGCCUCUUCCUCCUUGUCAUUCUCCUGCCCCUGCACCCCCCCUGCUUCACACACUUGUGUCUCGCACCCGCUUCGCCCUCCGUCCAUGUCCUUAUGACCCAUGUUUUCUAUUUACAAUACAGCACGGCCACUAGUUCUUAUCACACACGUCACCCGUCGGACUCUGCGUGCCCUCUGCACGGCCGCGCACGGACGACCAUUACCACCCCUGUCUACAUCCCCCGCCGCCCUGUCCAAUGGGUGUCCGCGCCCGCGCCCGCCGCGCCGGCUUCUUGUUUGUACUACUCUCUUUCUUUGCUGCGCAUGUAUUGAUACGACACAACUCAU